UUCUUGGUACAUUCAUCGCACCGGAGGAGAGCAACACUUUUAUUUCCCCCCGGUGGACGAAGGGUUUAUCCAGUGUCUCCGCCUGGGAUUGGGAUUUGACAGCAAACAGAGCGUCUAUUUUUUUUUUUUUCUUUUGAGCGCAUUUUGAAGACACCCCGUGUUUUGACUUGGACUUUGUUUGGACAGAGUGGUGUUUGUGUGUGUGUGAGUGUGAGUGUGUGUGUGUGUGUGUGUAGCUCCAUGAUGGCUACUUUGCCAGGAACGAUGCCUCGGAUGAUGCGCCCUGCGCCGGGACAGAACUACCCCCGAACCGGGUUCCCACUGGAAGUCUCUACGCCUCUGGGCCAGGGACGAGUGAACCAGCUUGGCGGAGUGUUCAUCAACGGGAGGCCGCUGCCAAAUCACAUCCGACACAAGAUAGUGGAGAUGGCCCACCACGGCAUCCGACCCUGCGUGAUCUCGCGACAGCUGCGAGUUUCCCACGGAUGCGUGUCCAAGAUCCUGUGCCGGUACCAGGAGACUGGAUCCAUCCGUCCGGGAGCCAUAGGAGGCAGCAAACCCAGGCAGGUGGCAACUCCUGACGUGGAGAAGCGGAUCGAGGAGUACAAGAGGGAGAACCCGGGUAUGUUCAGCUGGGAGAUCCGGGAUAAGCUGCUGAAGGACGGGGUGUGCGACAGAAGCACAGUUCCUUCAGGUGAGGCUUCAUCUGUGAGCUCCAUCAGCCGCGUAUUGAGGGCCCGAUUUGGCAAAAAAGAUGACGAGGAUGACUGUGAUAAGAAGGAUGAAGAUGGAGAAAAGAAAACAAAGCAUAGCAUCGAUGGCAUCCUCGGUGAUAAAUGUAACCGCACAGACGAGGGUUCGGAUGUAGAUUCGGAGCCUGACUUGCCCCUGAAGAGGAAGCAGAGGCGCAGUCGCACCACCUUCACUGCUGAGCAGCUGGAGGAGCUGGAGAAGGCCUUUGAAAGGACACAUUACCCAGACAUCUACACCAGAGAGGAGCUGGCUCAGAGGACAAAACUCACAGAGGCCAGAGUACAGGUGUGGUUCAGCAACAGGCGAGCUCGGUGGCGUAAACAGGCCGGGGCUAAUCAGCUAGCAGCCUUCAACCACUUGCUUCCUGGAGGAUUCCCACCCACAGGCAUGCCGACUUUACCCACAUACCAGCUGCAAGAGUCCGGCUAUCCCAGCGCAGCGCUAUCGCAGGAGGGCAGCAGUACGUUGCACAGACCUCAGCCGCUGCCUCCGUCCUCCAUGCACCAGGGAGGUCUGAGCGCUGACGGCGGCUCUGCGUACGGCCUUUCAUCCAAUCGCCACAGCUUCUCCAGCUACUCUGAUACUUUCAUGAGCCCCUCAGCAUCCAGCAACCACAUGAACGCUGUCGGCAACGGGCUUUCUCCACAGGUGAUGAGUAUCCUGAGCAACCCCAGCGCCGUACCCUCCCAGCCACAGCACGACUUUUCCAUUUCCCCCCUGCACAGCAGCCUGGAUAGCUCCAACGCCAUCUCAGCCAGCUGCAGCCAGCGCUCGGACACCAUCAAGGGUGUGGACAGCCUGGCCUCCUCCCAGUCCUACUGCCCCCCGACAUACAGUGCCACCAGCUACAGUGUGGACCCUGUCACUGCAGGCUACCAGUACAGCCAGUACGGCCAGACUGCUGUAGACUACCUAGCCAAGAACGUGAGCUUGUCUACUCAGAGGAGGAUGAAGCUCGGAGACCACUCGGCCGUUCUGGGACUCCUGCAAGUGGAGACGGGACAGGCGUACUGAAGCCCUCUGGACACACCCUGGACCUCUCUCUCUCCUCCACCCUCUCUGCCACCGUCCCUCUACGCUCCAUCAAGUCUGGAGUCCAACUCGCUCUCUCUCUGCUGCUUGAUCUGACAUCAGUGCACAGACAAACAGCUUCGCUGUAUAUCGGAGAAUGUGGCAAGUGGGCGUGAGAAAGGAUCAUCUGGGAGUAAAAAUUAAACUUUUCACACCAUUGUCAACCACCAGGCGGCUCUUCAACCUCUUCUUCUCGAUAUUUGGGCACUUCUGCCUGCUCCUUGUACUCUUACCCCCACCCAACUCCAGCCCCUGUUUUGCUUUGCUCAGAGGACCAGACAGAACCUCAGAUGACCCAAGAAUUGUGGGCUGCCCAGGACCGGGGUUUCUCUUCGUCCGACAACACAUUUUCGAGCCAUCAACAACAUGUAUUUUGACCUUGCUGUUCAUAGUAGUUAACAAAGCCAAUAUCAUUUGAGUGACCUAUUCUUGUUCCUUUUUUGAUAUUGUUAAGAUUAUUGUUGCUGUUAUAUGAUUAUGGUUAGUGUGAUUUCUGUUGUUCUUUGAUUCCAUUCGUAUCUCUUUUCUCUGUUAGAUGUCGGUGUGUGAAACACAGUGGAUGAGACAAUUUGGAAGCGAGUGUGUUGUUGCCGGGUGUGCAUGUUUCGUGUGUCAGCACAGACACACACACGCGCGAGAAUAGGAUGAUAGUUUUCCAAGCUGUUGUUCCUCUCUGCCUGUUCCCCAACGCUCUAAUGUUCAUGAGCGGUUUGACCUUCCCCCACUUUCAUAUUCAUCUUGACGUUUCCUAAAGAACUUGGCCACACUGUGGGAAGUCUGGCUGGAUCAAUUCUGCGGGGAAUUAAAGCAGCGUUUUGGCGGCCAAUAGCUUUCCCCUUCUAACCUCCAUCCCAUCCUUAGCCAUGGUCCGUGGGGAGGGGGGCAUUGUUUUGCAAAAAAGGAUUGGGGAAAUUAAUGUAUUUUGUUUGGAAAUAUGGACCUUGCCAAGAUGAGCCAACACAAGUCCCCCCUCUACUCCUAAAUCCUCAACUGCUAGGGAAUACUGUGUGAUUUAAACAGUGUAAAGCAGAUUAAAUCACACCAAUAUAACGUCAAAGCUAAUUCACAGUGACCCUUCUCAUUACCAGCCAGGAUUCCUGUCUUUAUAGGCCAAUUAGCACAUUCUGUAAAUGCACCUUCAGUCGGUUUCCAUUUCCAGAUGAAAUAAUCAUUCCUUCAAAACAUUCCUGCGGCUCUAUUUGCAAAUGUACUUAGCAUUCCAGCAAUUUUUUUUUCUUUUCUUAUGAGAUUUGAGAACGCGCACACAAGCUGUGUGCCAUUCACACGCACUCUGGAAAAACCCAUAUAAUCCAGUCAGUUGUGAAAGGGCACAGGUAACACCACUGAUAUGCCCACCUCUAAUCCCCCAACUCUGACUCUGACUCUGACAGAAAUGUACAAAAACAAGAAGAAGAUGAAGAAAAAAAUUCAAGAAUAGUGAAUAUGAGACAUUUUUGUAGCACUCAUAGUUGACCCGACAUGAUCCAGGACCUGCUGAUCACCUUGAGAUGUGUGUAGUUUAUUUCUUUGUUUGUUUUUUUGUUUCCAUCAGUACGUGUGAUAUUGAUGAUGUACACAGAAUUCUUAACUUUAUCUCAAGACAGAUUUAGGUCCUUUUAGUCGCGCCUUUUAAAAAGCUGAGAAAUGUACAAUAGGUGGAGCAAAAAUUGUGUAUUGCAUUGUUUAUAAAGAGUAUGUUUUAUACUAAAACAGAGCUAUGUUGAGUAUUAGGUAAGCAAGGGAUCUGUGGAAGUAAGUUUUUUUUUUGAUUUUGAGUUUUCUCAAAUGGCUUGUUUUUCUGUUGUUUUCGUUUUCUUGUAUUUAAUGGGUUGAAUUGGUGUUUUGACCAAACGUUUUGUUUGCUUUGGGCCCAGGCAAGAAUGAAUUUGUAUAAAUUAGUAAAAAAAAAAAAUAAUAUGAAAAUUCCAUGACAUAUGUUACAAGUAAAAUUGUUUGAAAGAGGAUCAAACUGAGCUCAACGGAGACGGACUCCACUGGACCACAGGACCACUGUAUAUUUGAAUAUGUGGCCAGAUGAACGUGUUUUUGACUGCCUGAUCUUACACAGACUGAUUGUGCAGAGACGGAUUGAGACUGAACUGUGAACUCUGAACUCCAGCGAUGAUAUGAAGCUGAUGGAGUCAGCCUCAACUGCUUUGAUUUGUGGACCAAUAAAGAUUCAGGAGGAGAUUUCAAAGUAACGCCAUUGCCGCACUGAAUAGCAGCAGCGUCCACUGCUCUGCUUAUAGACGCCUCACUCACGUGUAUAUUUUAAAAAGGAAAACUUUUAGAAUUGUCUUUAGUGUAUCGAACACCCCCCCCCCCCCCCUUUCUAACACUUGCGUCGAAUAAACAUUUGGAUAUUUAAAGCGUUCUGCUCCUUAUCCCCAUUCUGUCUAUUUGACACUUAACCCUUUUUUGUUUAGUUUCUUUCUGACAUCUGUGCUUUGCUUUACUCCUUCUUCUGUUCCGCAUGUGUAUAUAUUAUCAUGGUAUAAUUUAUUCUGCUGUAUGAAGUAUUAGACUAGUGGGAAACUUGUAUUGGUAUUUACUACCUUCAGCCUGUUGGUGUGUUUACUGUAACACUGGCGUAACUGUUAUCAAUUAAAGGUCCAAAAUUUC